AUGUUGCCCCAGACAGGUCAGAGAGCAGGUUUCUUCGCGUUUCUCUAUCCCUUCCUCCCCUGUCUGGACACGAAUGCCUUGAGCGGGAAUCCUCACUCUCUGCUCAUCACAUCCCCGAAGGAAGUUCUCCCUUUCCAGCACGUGAGAAUCAAGUUGGUUUGGUAUAGUGUAAACUCGCGAAGGAAGCAGGCCGAGCCAUACCCCUCAGGCAGGUUGAAGGUCACCCCUCCACCCCUACCUCGACUCUGUUUCCAAUCCUCUCAAUACCAGAUCCGCCGUGGCUUCAUCGUCGUCUCGACCAGGAUUGCCGAUGAGUACGAGACCGGCAUUGAAAGCAUCUGCUGCUCCCUCUUCCUUAAAGAAGCAGACUUCGCCUCGGCGAUGGACACCCCUCUGAAACACUCUUCUUCGCAGUUGGGCUACCUCUCGCACAAGGUACUGGGGGAGGGCUCUUUAGAGGGUUCUUGGGGUCACACACGAGGGCAGAACUUUGAUAAGCGCAACACGGAGCAAGUUGUUCGUGUUGCUGUUUGUGAACCUCUGAAACAAUCCGAGAAACCCAGAAUCGUCAUCGAAAGCCGCGAGAGCUUGGAAGCCAGGGGACGGGUGGAAGUCGUCAGUCCAAGAAAGAAAGAGUUUGAGGCUUUAUCCGUACCCGUUGAAAACGAGGAACCCGUUAGAAUUCCCGAUGUCCCGAAUGGAGGAUACGGUUGGGUCAUCGUCUUCGCAUCCUUCAGUGCCAAUGCGAUCAUCAAUGGGAUUGUGUAUACCUUUGGAGUCUUCCUUCCGACCUUGACUCUUGAUUUCCACGAGACCAGGGGGAAAACUGCGUGGGUUGGAAGCCUUAUCGCAGGACUCUAUUUCAGUGUCGGUUUGGGAUUUGGACUGGUAUACUUGCCAAGUAUCGUGGUGGUCAGUAAUUGGUUCGACACCAGGCGAGCUCUUGCAACGGGAAUUGCAACUUGUGGCGCUGGAGUCGGCACUUUUAUAUUUGCUCCUCUUGGGAACUUCCUCCUAGAAGAAUACGGCUGGAGAGGGGCUUAUCUCAUCUACACUGGCAUUCUUCUGAAUUGCUUGGUUUUGGGCUUAUUGAUGCGAGAACCACCUAUGAAGAAGCUUCAACCUGUCCCUGAACAACCUGAAUUCCCCAUUGGUGACCCUGCUAAUUUCACUCACGAGAAGCAGAGUGGGCCAUUGGAGCAAAGGUCCAAGUUCUUCAUGAAGCCCGAAGUCAACUCCAAUCCUCGCAUGGAGCUGGUUGGAACAAGCAGUACUCCAGUUAACUCAAUGCAGAAAUUGCCCAUGCUGCCCCGUAUCUUGGAGACACGGGAAUUUCCUCCUCUUCAAAACUUUUCCACCAGUAGCAACAGCAACAAUAGCAAAAACAAUGUUAAAACAGUAACUUCAAGCAUUCAUUCCCCUAUCUCUGGAACUCUGAAACCUGCUGCCUUGAGCAUGUCGAGCAUAAAGCCAGAGUUUCUAUCUCCACUAAAGAAAGGUUCGCAUAAGAAUAUCCGCCAGACAGAGUCUGUUCCUACACUCUCGCGAAAGCAUGAUCUCAGACGCACAGUCUCAACUUCUUUCUAUAAGAUCAAAACUGUACUGAGCAAGCACUACAGUACUCAGCCUCCUGGAUCCCAUCUUACGUUUCCUCAGAGGAUGCUAUCAGCCCAGAGCCCUCUUGCUUCCAAGUUGUCAAGAAUAUCAUUUUCUAGACAGGCCAGCAUAGCUUCCCAAAGUAGUGGAAGUCGUCAAACUGGUCUUGGUUCCGUACACUUGCCCCUAGCAAGGAAAGACACAUUCUUGACUGGGAGUGUCCAGAGGCUUCCUCAGUUCCAAAGGAGCACAUCUGUCGAGGAAUACAGAGCAUCCGUUCUAAGCAUUCAACAGAAGGACACAAUUGAUGAAGAUAAAUCUCCUCCUCAAGAAGUCCAUCCAGAAAAAGAUGAGGGGUGCAGGAUGCUCCCUGCUUCGUUUGUGGACAUAUUUCGGGAAAUGACAGACUUCUCACUCCUCAAGAAUCCCGUGUUUCUCUUGAUCGGGUUGAGCAACAUCUUUGUAAUGCUUGGAUUUUAUGCCCCCUUUGUUUACCUGGUUGAUGCUGCAAUCAAAAAGGGCAUCGGUUUGGGUAGUGCCAACUUCCUCCUUUCAGCUGUAGGGCUGAGCAAUACUGUGGGUAGAGUCUUAAUGGGAUGGCUGAGUGACCUACCGAGGGUGGAUUCCUGCCUUCUAAACGCUCUGAGCCUGCUAGUCAGUGGAGUCACAGUUGUAUUCACUCCCUUUUGUAACACGAUGGUUGGGUUCACUGCAGUUGCUCUUCUCUUUGGACUCUGCAUUGCGGGAUUUAUGAGUGUAACAUCAAUCAUGCUGGUGGAGUUCUUGGGGAUUGAGAGUUUGACCAAUGCAUUUGGGCUGAUCCUCUUAUUCCGUGGCCUUGCUUCAUUCCUUGGUGCUCCUAUUGCAGGUGCCAUAUCAGAGGCUACAGGGAGUUAUGAUGCCUCCUUCUAUACUGGAGGAGGGUUUUUGAUUUUGGCCUCACUUGUUGGAUUCACCGUCUACCUGCCAAUGUUUGCAAGUUACAGAACUCCAUUAGGGCAAGCUGGGCCCCAUGAUUUGGAAGGCACUCCAGAAGGAAAUGAAUCAAAGACAAUGACCCAAAUCUCUGAAAAAAACAUUAAUUCCUCUCUGGCGUAGACUUUCUUUCAUCACCCUUCAUUCUAACCUAUAAAAUAGGAUAGUCACUGUAAAAGCUGAAUUCUAGAAGAGAAUGUAAGAUAAUCACUUUUUCCUUGGGCAGCCCUGAGUCCCAUUAAAACUUCACAGUCCAUAAUUGCAGUUGUUGGUUGCAGACUUGGUUGGUACUUGUCAUAUGUGCUCAUAGUCUGAGCUUUGUGUGUGUACCCAUACAAUUGGGCAUCCUUUUAGUGCAUGAUGGCUUGUGUGAAUUUCUGGGUAGGAAGUUUUUUGAUUCUGUGAUAAAAGGAAUUUUUUAUGUAUGACAUAGCACAAGAAACAAUAUCUCAAAGACUGCUGCAACCCCAGUGACUCGUAGUUGCCUGAUUGUUGACUAUGGAAUUAUGGGUGCCUUCUGAAGACUUUCACCUUAGAUUCUUAUCUUGUAUGUCAUUUGAUAGCAUUGUGGAACUAACUGGACUCUGUUAGAGCUUCUUGGAGAUUUCCCAGAAUAACCUAUGGUUUUGGUCAUUUACCUUGGUCAUCAUUGCCAUCAUUUUUACAUUCUGUUUCUGUAACCAGUAUAAUAGUAAAUCUCAACUGUGGUUAUUGGAUUUGUUCAACUCUCAAAUCCUUUUAGGUCCCUUUAUUAAAAUUAAUUUGAUAGCAAAUGUAAUCUGUUUCAAGAUGUGUUAGAAUUUGCAUUGGCCCCAUGAAGAAGUGGUGACAGCAUUUCCAUGUUUUUUCAAUUCUCACUUCACCAUUUACCAUCUUACCACUAAGUUCCAUUAUCAAAGUGAGUGGGAC